AGGGAGUUAGAAACAGAGACACUGAUUAGCAGAUUACUGCAGUUGUAGGUACCAUGACAACAAGGGCUAGUGCGUCUUAAUGAGAAGGCUGCUCUCUGAUUGGCUGAGAGCUUAGAGCACAAAGUCCCUCCAUGCAGGUAACACAGAGCCGCUCACUCACUCACCCAAGUCUUCACCUGCACCAGAAGCAGGAGAUGGAUAACUAAAGACUAAUGCAAGGAGAUUCUUACAGGGUGAAACACAACAAUCUGUGCUACUAACUUAAGAUAAACUAGGGCACUAAGAUGCCCAAAAGUGAUACCUGGCCAGGUGGCAUUGGAUUGGAUACGACGACUGGCAUGGACAGUGCUGGCAGCUGUGACAGCGUUCUCAGCGCCAAUUCUGGCUUUAGUGAUGAUAGUCUGGAGCACCUGACUGCUGAAGAGAAGGCAUGUCUCAUGUUUUUGGAGGAGACUAUUGAUUCUUUGGAUACUGAGGAAGAUAGCGGACUGUCCAAUGAUGAACCAGACCAACUGCCCUGCCCUGGCAACCUUGCCAACAAACUGGCUGAUCUGUCAGCCUCCAUGAGCAAAAGCAAGCUCAACAGUCCACAGCACUAUGCCUCUACGGAACCCAUGAAGGAAAAUGUUGACACCAAACCCAUGCACAGCUACCUGGUUCCUACACCUUUUGUUGUGGCAAGCAGCUCUCCAUGUCCUGUACUCAGCGCAAAGCCGGGUGUCCCUCCAGACAAGAACCUCAGCUCUAAGCCUCAUUUCACUACUUCAAGCAACAAACCUGAUCACAAGCACAACCAGAAACCUGCUGCUCCCCAAGUACCUUUAGAGGUCAAUGUUGUGAUACCUCCUCCCACCAAACCCAGGGACUACUCGGUUAGGACAGCUGAAGUUUUAUCUAGAGGUCCUCUGUCCUAUGACGCACUUGUUCAUCUGCGGAGGAGUGCCUCCGCAAAGAAGACACCUUUAUGUCCCACAAUAGAUCACACUAUAGAGUUGGACCAGCGUCUUCCUGUCACAGUGGACGGCCCAAACCUCGGAAAUCUACCAAGAUCUGACAGAUCCCACUCAGAGGCUUUUAAGCCUAAAAUAGGUCCUCCGGUUGUGGCCCCCAAACCCCAAAAGAUUCCUACCAACAUAUCUGUGAAAACACAAAAUGAAGCAUCCGUAACCUCAGACUCUUCAUACGAUGUCAAGAAUGCAAAAGACCCCAAGGUCGUGAGACUGGAGGCUUUGCAGAAGCUGGGUCUCCUGAAAGACCAAGAGCCAGAAAACGAGUCAGUAGCCCCACUGCCUCCCCCUAAACCUCACUCCUUUCUGGACCCAACACCCAACAGAUUUAAAAAAGGUCCAUCUAAUGUUAAUCCACAAAGAAGCCCUUCGUUUUGUUAUUCUCAAGUGCCCACAGAGCCCAAGAUCAAGCCUCUGCAGAGCAGUGUCAGUUUCCAUCACUACUCCAGAUGUGACCAACAGCCUGAGUCCGUAUCAUACCCCGCUCAAUCCAAUAGAUUAGGGGCAGCUGGUCUGCAGCGCUCUGCUACUCUGGACAACCACAGAAACGGUGGGAACUGUCAGCCCGUACCCCGCAAACCCUCAAACUCAGUCGGGUAUACGGUGAUGGUGGUGCCUGGGAUGGGAGCUGAUCGAAAAGAAGCCCUCAGAAAGCUUGGACUGCUCAAAGACUAAAGCGUGUAAACAGCAGAAGUUUGCCUGCGUAAACGCAGUGCUCAGAGAGAGUUCAAGAGUACCGUCGGCUUAAAGAGAGUUAGAGCUCUAAGUGGGAACUUGGCACUGUGGCACUUUGGCAAACUAAAGCAGAAGAGGAUGAAGAAGAGGAGGAGUUUAAAGGGCAAGACCAGCACUUUUGAUAUAGGUUUUAAUACAGGGGACUGGACUUACUAUUGUUCUCCUGUAGGUUUCAAUCGGAAAAUGCACCUUCCACAUUUCAAACUCCUGAGGCUCUACAUGUUUGAUUAAAAUGGUGUGUUAAUGUAGAUCCAUCUAAUCAGAAUCUCGUAUGUUCACAUUUCAGUUAGAUGUGACUUGACACGGCCAAACAUGACACCUAAUCAGCCUAAGGGUGCUUGGGUUGCUGAAUGUUUGAAAUACAUUUUUACAUACACUAGAAUGCACACACAAAUUUAUGGCUAUAAUAAAUUAUUUGUCUAAAUUCACCAAUAGAAAGAUAUAGAGUACAGUAUGCCUAGCAAGCCAUAUUGUGGCUUUCCAUUAAUCAUUAUACUGUGCAUAACUUGCUGCUCCACUGUACUUCUACUUAAAAGGAAACAUCAAAUCACCAAAUCAACUGAUUUUUUGUUUUUUCAUUACUGAUUAUUUCAUAAGUCACAGAUGUGCCUAUAAGUGGAUUGUUGAGUACAUUCCUUGGCGCAAAGCCUCAAAGAAGAAGAUCAUAAUUAUUGUAAAACAAAAUUCUGAAAGUGUUUUGGGGUGAUUUUUCAGUGUUUUCUAAUCUUUAGUAGCAAUCAGCAGCACAUUAUUAUUGAGAUCCGAUGUAUCAAUAGCUCACAGAUUUGUUUCUACUACUAUUUUAUACAUUAUAUAUUGUUGGGAUGGUUUUAAAUAUAUGUGACAGCCUUCAUCUUAUUAACACUGGAGAUAUGAAAAAUGAUAAUGUGAUUAUUUUUACCCACUGUUUACUAUUUCCAUAAAUACCAGUGAAAAUAAAGACGUCUGGAUGUUA